UCAGCUCGACGUGACCUCACUCCCUUCUCCCUUCAUCCAUCCAUGGUUCAUCAAACAUCAUCAUACGAGAGUUCUUCUUAUCUAUAAACAUACGGAAAAGUCAUCCUUUGACUAGCACAACCUACCAUGUCUCGAUUCUCGCGAUACGACACCGACGAGGAGCGUCUGCCCGAGGGCAUGUCUCGUGUCGGCUACGACGCCGACACACAGGUCUACACGUUCCGUGACGCCGAUGGCAGCUACUGGGAGAGUGCUCCCGGAUGCCAGUACGGCCAGCUGACCAAGGUGAGCGACGGGGACGGCGAUCAUGACGACGAGGACACCGCCCCGUUCCUCGCACCCGUCCAGCACUCCACCAGCAAGCUGUCCUGGAGAACCGAGAUGCGGCCGCUGCUCAACUUUGGCGUUCUGAUCGGCCUCUUCCUGAUCUUCAUAUUCUGGUUCUUGCAUUGGAGCGCCAGGUCCGCGUCCGGCGAGCCCGCGCCGACGUGUACGGACGGCGCUACGAGCUACACCAUCCAAGAUGGUGACACGUGCUGGGACAUCGCCAACAAGCAUGGCCUGAGUGUUGAUGACCUCCUCAAGACCAACAUCGGGCUGGACUGCAAAGCCCUCGAUGUCAAGUCUAUUAUUUGCCUGCCGACCCCUCCCUCGAACGACGACGCCGCCCUGGAGCCUGCCGCCUAAGCUCUAUCAAUCCAUCUCAACUACACACUUGUGCGGGCACGCGACCUCGAUAAGUAGCUCACGCAGCACUCUAUGCUUUCAAAUACCAUAUCGAAACACUCAACACUGGGACUAGGACUACCAGCGUCGUCAUGGCGCUGGAUGCAACGGCCUGGUAGAUGUGAUCAUACGUCGUCUUCAUGAACUGCUU